UCAUUCAUGUACCCAGUCUACCCACUCCAUACAUUGAGAAUAGUGUAAACUAUCAUGUAAUCAUGUGGUACUAUAUACAGUAUCUAUUGAUGAAUUACAUUUAUAAUUACAGGUAUAGUAGAUAUUUUAGUCAAUUGCUAUCUUUGUGUGAUAAAGGAUUAGUGAAGAAUGACAAACAUUGCCAUUCCAAAAAUUAGUGACAAUUAAGAAAUCAUACCAUUAUCUAUCAUCAUGUUACAAGCAGUAUAUGGUAAUACAGUAUGUACUAACACACAUAUGUACCUGAACACAGUUGAUAUUACUAAUGUCAGUAUAUUGUAUUAUAUAGAGAUACAGCAGUAAACCUUACUUAGGAAUGAUAAGGAGUGGUAACACUGUGGUGGCUCCAAUUACUGAACAUACAUACAGUAUUGUAACUGGAGCUGAGGGGAGUCUACACAUCAAAGGCCCUUCACUGGUUUCUGUAUAUUACAUACUUCGUGGCUUCUAUGAUGAUAUAAAAGUGGUAGACAGUAAGAGCUGAAUUCAUUGCAAGAGACAAACAACUAAAAUCAGUUUAUAAUGGGAUCAGUAGUCCUAUUGACAAGAACUAUACUAGUUAUACUGAGUACAUGUUAUACAAAUGGACUAGAACUAGCUGAUUUGUACCCAUAUGGUACAGAACAUGGGGACGCCACGAGGAUUGGAUCUGGUCUACCUAUAGCACCAUUACUGGCUCCAAUUAAUAACUUAGUUGGAUUUGGUCCGGCUAACCUUAGAGCAACAAGAUAUGAGCUUGCUUACACAGGGUACCUGGAAUUUAAAAACGAUGGCAUUGAUCUAAUCUAUGUCAAUUUGCUCUUUGGUUCAGGUCCCCUUGAUCAAUCCAGAACUAAGAUACAUGGUAGGAAUACUGCUGAUCCAGACUUACUAAAGAAAGCUAUGGAUCAGAUUAAUGAAGCCUUUUCUAAUGUUUUCUGCAGUACAUCUCCUCCUACUCAACUAAUAAUAGUAACUUGGAUAGACUUUGCAAAAGCUGGCUCAAACCUAGGCAGUAACUUCCAAUUAAUUGUUGUAACUAAUGGAAACAUUACAUUUGGUAUUGCACUUUAUGUCAAUGUUGAUGCGAGCAUUACAUCAGCUACUACUGGAAUAGAGUCAGAAAUUACCGUAUUUCCUCGUGGAAACGCCUACUCCCUAUAAACGCCCAUGCCUGUAUAAACGCCUAGAAACAGCAUAUAACUUUGACAAUAAACGCCCAUGCUUGUUUAGACGCCUAUUCUUGAUUAAAAGCCUAUACCACACCCACCUAUUCCAUCCACGUGGUACAUGUACCUUACGUAGUUUACAUUCUACAAUGGAAGCUGCAGCUGAGAAGGCUAAGGAAACUCAGAAGUUCGAUGUCAGUUUUAAACUACGCGUUGUGUCUAUUGAAACAUGCUGGUAAGGAUUAUUUUUUGGUUAUAAACGCC